GACGGAACACCGUUGGCACAAGCUGCAUUCGACCAACUAAAGAUCGCCCUCACAUCGCCACCCAUCCUUCGCAUCUUCGAUUCGGACCGUCCAUACAAAGUCAUCACUGACGCCAGCGACAUCACCAUCGGUGCAGUUCUCCUACAUGAUUUCGGCGACGGAUUACAGCCGGUCGCCUACAAAUCACGGAAGCUGCAGGGCACGGAAAAAAACUACACGAUACACAGCAAGGAAAUGCUGGCAAUCGUCCACACGUUCAAGACCUGGCGAUGCUACCUAACAGGCGCUGACGUCACUGUGCGGACCGACCACAAAUCUCUCCAAUACCAGCGAACCCAACCGAAUCUCAACCCGAGACAAAUCCAAUGGCUCGAUUUCCUCGAGUCGAAUUUCCACUACACCAUCACCUACAAACGGGGCGCCAACAAUAUUGCCGAUGCCCUGACCCGACCCAGUGCCCAUACAACCGCCAUACUAGUCGCCUAGACCAGCCCACUGCUUACCGGACUAUUUA